ACACUGGAUGACCAAAGCCCAAUGGAGAUUCGGUACCCAGAAGAGGGUGCUGGGCCUGGGAUCUUCAGAACAGAGUUGGGAGACCAGCAGCAACCCAUCUCUCAGUCCCAACGCUGGUGCUGCCCACAACGUGGCUGUGUAAUACUGGGAGCCCUGGGGCUGCUGGCUGGAGCAGGUGUUGCUUCGUGGCUCUUAGUAUUGUAUCUAUGGCCGGCUGCCUCUCCAUCCAUCUCUGGGACAUUGCAGGAGGAGGAGAUGACUUUGAGCUGUCCAGGAGUGAGCAGUGAGGAGGAGCUCCUUCCAUCUUUUCCCAAAACAGUAUCUUUCAGAAUAAAUGGUGAGGAUCUCCUGCUUGAAGUGCAAGUAAGAGCUCGGCCAGACUGGCUCCUGGUCUGCCAUGAGGGCUGGAACCCUGCCCUGGGCAUGCGCAUCUGCCAGAGUCUAGGGCAUAUCAGGCUCACUCAACACAAGGCCGUGAAUGUGUCCGACAUCAAGCUCAACAGAUCCCAGGAGUUUGCUCAGCUCUCGGCUAGACCAGGAGGCCUUGUAGAAGAGGCUUGGCAGCCCAGAGCUAACUGUCCUUCUGGCCGAAUUGUUUCUCUCAAAUGUUCUGAGUGUGGGGCAAGGCCUCUGGCUUCUCGGAUAGUUGGCGGUCAAACUGUGGCUUCUGGGCGCUGGCCCUGGCAAGCUAGCGUGAUGCUUGGCUCCCGGCACACGUGUGGGGCCUCUGUGCUGGCACCACACUGGGUAGUGACUGCUGCCCACUGCAUGUACAGUUUCAGGCUGUCCCGCCUAUCCAGCUGGCGGGUUCAUGCAGGGCUGGUCAGCCAUGGUGCUGUCCGACAACACCAGGGAACUAUGGUGGAGAAGAUCAUUCCCCACCCUUUGUACAGUGCCCAGAACCAUGACUAUGAUGUGGCUCUCCUGCAGCUCCGGACACCAAUCAACUUCUCAGACACUGUGGGCGCUGUGUGUUUGCCAGCCAAGGAACAGCACUUUCCACGAGGGUCGCAGUGCUGGGUGUCUGGCUGGGGCCACACCGACCCCAGCCAUACUCAUAGCUCAGAUACCCUGCAGGACACAAUGGUACCCCUGCUCAGCACCCACCUCUGCAACAGUUCAUGCAUGUACAGUGGGGCACUUACACACCGCAUGUUGUGUGCUGGCUACCUGGACGGAAGGGCAGAUGCAUGUCAGGGAGACAGCGGGGGACCCCUGGUAUGUCCCAGUGGUGACACGUGGCACCUUGUAGGGGUGGUCAGCUGGGGUCGUGGCUGUGCAGAGCCCAAUCACCCAGGUGUCUAUGCCAAGGUAACAGAGUUCCUGGACUGGAUCCAUGACACUGUGCGGGUGAGUAUGGAGCAGGAGAGCAGCCCCAGUUUCUGA